UCGAGUCAAAUCUAAUGGCUAGCGUUCUAACGAUAAGACUUAUAUGGCUAGAUCCGCCGUACGCGAACGAAGACGACAAUUCUCUAAAUCCGCUAGCACGAGAAAGGCAUACAGCUUCGACGCCUUACAAACCACCGAGCUUGCCGGGCCGCUCGAAUACACAGCAAGAUGUAGAAUCCCAUGAUGCGCCGCUGAUCGCCGAGCUUUCUGCAUUGGCAAGUGGUGAUGGUCCAGCGCCGUCGGGCGUCGCAAUCUACAACCCGAUCGGCUUCAGUCCUGCCGAAGCAUCCACCCAACCGCCACCACUCACUGGGCAACAUGACAAGUAUUAUCAUGGGUAUAAUAAUUUAUAA